AGAUGUUGUUUGUUAGCUUGUUUAGCACUGAAAGACCAACAUGAGUGAAAUGGUUUGAACCAUUAGACUCGGAGCUUGGGACCUUUAAACGGCAAAUAGAGCUGAACUCGACGCUGCUGAGACAGUUUCAGUCUUCUUUUGUGCGAACUUCCAUGAGCUGUAAACCAGGAUGCCUCUAAAUGAUGAGAGGGCCAACUCAUCAUCCAGGAGUGAGGACCAAAGCAGCGAUGUGGAGUCAUCGCUCACUAGUGACCAAGACUGCUCUCGUGACAGUUUCAACAGCGACGGCUCCAGCAAACAAAGCACACCUUCCUCAAGUCCACCCAAAACCCUGUCUCUAGAUGAAGUCAUGGAGGCUGGAAGAGAACUUUUUAAUCUCAAACUUGCACAUGAGAUUGCCAAUUUUGAUUUCCAUUUGGACCUAAACAGAGGACCACAGAACAGUUUGUUUUUUUGCAGUUUAUUGAAUGCAGUAAGAGAUAAUGUCCAAAAGGCCUAUUGGGAUAUCCUGGAGACUGAGCUGAACGACGACCCGCCUGAGUAUCAGCACGCCAUUAAAUUAUUAGAGGAGAUCAGAGAGAUCUUGCUGUCGUUCCUUAACCCGGGUGCCAAUCGGAUGCGGACCCAGAUCAUGGAGGUGCUGGACAUGGACCUAAUUCGUCAGCAGGCUGAAAAUGAAGCUGUAGACAUCCAGCGACUUGCGUCUUAUAUCAUUACCACCAUGGGAAAGAUGUGUGCUCCAGUGAGGGAUGGAGAAAUCAGGAAGCUACAGGAAAGCACAGACAACAUUGUUACACUAUUCAAGGAGAUCUUCCGUGUUCUGAACCUGAUGAGAGCAGACCAUGUCAGCCUUACAAUUCAAAGCCUAAAACCUCUUCUGCAGAGGAACGGGGUUCAAUACGAGAGAGAAACUUUUCAGGGCAUCUUGGACAAAACGCCGACUGCUUUAGACCGCACCACCGCCUGGAUCAAGUCAGCAUUGGAGGAGCUGCUGCCGGCAACCGUCCCUCCAGCAAAGUCUGAUCCCAGGGAAGGGCAGCAAACUCUUCCUGGUCCAAACCAAAUCCUCAAUACAGCCUGCCUCAGUCUCCUCACUUGGGACUUUUCUAAGACUCCAGUGCCUGAGACUUGGGUAAUGGACGAAUCCCGUCUGGAGGAGAUUCAGAGGCAGCUGAAGCUGUUAGAGACGGUGAAUGAGGUGCUGCUGAUUGUGAACAGCACCAUUAGGGGGCCGAUUCAAGGGAUUUCCUCGCUCUCUGACUGCCUGAAGAAGAUGAUCAGUGUUCUGCUAGAGGGCAUGCAUAGACCAGACUUUAAUCUGGAAAAAACACUUGAGGGUGUCAGUGCUCAGAUAGGCUGUGAGCUCAACAAGUCUUUGACAGUGAGAGGCUACCCUCCACUGACCCCAGAGAUGCAGACCACACUUACAGGACAGAUCUGCAGCAUCAGCCAGAAGGACAACCCCAUCCGUACUCUUGUUGAGGAUCGAGUGCAGCAGUACUUUGCGGCGCUCCUUUCCAACCCUAACACCAAGAACAAACUUGAGCAGGUACCAGCAGGCUUGGCCGCAAUCAAGCCUGAAUUAAUACUGACGGGAAAAUCAUUCAUCUUCCUGAUUGAAAACAACAGGGCUGUCUAUGGACCGUUCUACCUGGACAUCAUCAAGAAGCUGCUGUUUGGUAGCAGUUAGACCAACCAUAUGUUUUUGACUGAAAAAAGCUCAAAUAUCAAACAAGGUCAAAGUAGUCAGUUGUGCUUCAUGCAACUGGAUUGUCUCCAGUUUUUAUUUGUGUUGGGUUCAUAAAUGUAGGUUUGCAAAAGAAGAACUGAAAUACACAGUAAGGUAUUUUUCAUACGGCUUCUGCAGAAGAAGAGACAGUUGAACCCCAGAUUCAAACACACUGUCUCGCAUCGGACAUCCUCUGCAGAGCGUUUUAUUAACAGAACAUGACACAUGGUUACAAACAGAGUAUCUCUCUGACAGAACAAUUGAUCAGUUCAUAAAGACAGGAUGCUCGACUAGAAUGACAAGGCAGGAUGGUCUCCCUACUGAAUCAUGAGACAGGAGUGAAGCAUCUCAUUUCUACAAUGUUUCAUAUGAACAAACAUUACUUUAAUUAUCAUCAUUGAAUAAACCUAACAAUUUGUAUCUCAACAUUUCUACAGUAAAUCCUAGAACAGCUUUAAUUGUGAGCUGAAUUGUGAACAUUUAGUUUCAGAGCACAAACUCAGUGAUACAAUACUCCAUUUCUGAACAUUAUCUGACAUCCAGCUUUAUUUCUUUCCUCCCCCUUUUUGCUCAAAGCUGUAAAUAAGACGACAAAGGGCACAUCUUUAUAACACAUAUAAUCAAAUGUAAAGCAAGACAGAGAAGAUGCUUAUAUUUUUAGAGAUUUGGUAGAGAAGUGUUACAGAUUCCUUGCAUAUCCAAGGUGUUUAUUACUGAUACAAGUAUAAGAAACUGAAUAUUUAAGUUAGUUCUGGUAUUAUCAUGCUGUAUAUAGUAAGUGCCACAUUCAGUGCUUAAAUGUUUAACUGUCAGAACUUUAAUUUCCUGUUUGCAUGAGUAGCUUGGUGUUGGAGUUCUUUGCCACAUGUUAUGUUUUUACUUGUAUUGUUGACACAUUUGCCAGUGGACGGCAUGUUAUAUAGUUUGUUUUUCAUUGUACACCUUAUAAUGUUUUUCAGUAU